AUGAAGAUUGCAGUCACUGGCGCAAAUGGUAGUGUUGGAAAACGGGUCGUGGCAUUGGCUCUCAAAAAGGGUCACCAAGUUCACGCUAUCGAUAUUGGUCCUACUGCCGCCUUGUCCAGUGACAGUCAAGAAUUUCAAUCCAACUUCACAUAUCAACAAGUGGACCUAACGGAUUACAACGACACUUUGAAUGCUCUUGCUGGAGUCAAUGCUGUAGUGCAUUUAGCAGGGCAUCCAAAUCCCUUGGACUACGUCGUGGUCACCCAUAACAACAAUGUUGUGGUUUCCUAUAACGUGUUGAGGGCAGCGGCGGAAUACAACAUCGAUCGGGUCGCUCAAGCCUCAUCAGUGAACGUCGUAACGAUGGUUUAUAGCCACAAACCGCACUUUGACUAUUUCCCCAUCGAUGAAAACCAUCCCUGCCUUCCAGAUGAGCCAUAUGGACUCUCUAAGUUAAUUUGCGAAGCACAGGCCGACUCGAUAGUAAGACGCUACCCUUCGAUGCGAAUUGCGAGUAUUCGGCUUCAUUGGUCUGUUCCGAAUCGCGCUCAGGCUCAAGCCCUUGACCCCCAAAAAGCUAAGAAUGAUUUAUGGGGUUACGUUCAUGAAGACUCGGGGGCAGAGGCCUUCCUUUUAGCAGUAACUAACGAAAACGGAAAAUGGUCCGGUCACGAGCCUUUCUUCAUCGCAGCGUCGAAGAUUACCCACGAUCUAGAUUCAGCCGACUUGAAAGCGAAAUAUUGGCCUGACGUGCCUACGAGAAACGGGAUGGACAUCAAUGGACAAAAAGGUUUUUUUGACUGCAGUAAAGCGGGGCGCUUACUGGGAUGGGUCCAUAAGGACCCGACGUGGUAG